AUGAUGAGUGCAGAGAUUCCAGUGGAGAUGGCAGAUGCAAGCAGUACUGCUCACUGUCCUCAGAUAACCCAAGGUGGAAAUGACCUUGAUUUAGAUCAGGAUGCAUCAUAUGAUGAGGAAAGUGAUGGAAGGGAUCAAUUAAAGGAUGCCAUAGAAAGGUACACACUGAAGAUGAAGAUUGUCACAUAUGAUCCCAACCAUGCUUGCUGCCCAGAAUUGAAAAAUAAAAGAUUAUCAACAACUAGAAUCUGUGAGAAGUAUGAGAGUACUGUAAAGGCUAAUCCAUCCUGGAAGGCUAGAGCAUUGAAGGAGACGGUACAAGAUAUUAUGGGUAUUAUGGGUGUAGAUGUAUCAAUCACAAUAAUUAAGAGAGUGAAGACAAAGGUAAUGGAUUCUCAGAGUGGUGAAUACUCAAAAUUAUUUGACUAUGCUCUUGAGCUGAAGAGAAGUAAUCCUGGAACUAGUGUGCAUAUUGCCCUUGAUCCAGAAGAAGAUGACCAUGUUUUUCAGGGUUCCUUAGAUGGAUGCAGGAGAGUUCUUGGGCUGUUGUGGAAUAUGAGAAUAAACAUUCGUGGGGUUUCUUGGUCAUCUUCAGAAAGAUACCAAUAUACCUAUUGGCGCUCAGGAUGGGUAUUCAUUACAGACCAACAAAAGGAAACCCUAGCUGUCCGUGCUGGAGGUCGCGGGCGCCCAGCGCCGACCCCACCCCUGGCGGUGGUGCCCUGCUUCCGCGUGGAGACGCUCGCCAACGACGGCAGCGGCGGCUGCGUGGACGACGAGAUUGUGCUAAAUCUCCUUUCUUUGGUGUGCAGUUGUAUGCACUAUGAAAUACUUGGCUCCUCGCUUAUUGAUAUGUUGAGUCUCAGUUUUCCAAUGGAAUCAUUAGUUGGCACUAUUUGUAUGUUGUCUUCUAAGCACCUUACUUUCAGAGCUAAACUAACUGGUUAUGGUCUUGCCUUCUCUCAGGACUACACUGAAGAUUAUACUUCCUGUAUUAACAAUUACAUGCUUUAG